AUGAAAGCUUUCCAGCGAAUUCCCUGUCAUUUUUCUGUAGGAACGACUUGCUCUAGACCGGGGCUUGCUUCAUUUCCUUCACUACUAAUCUCAAGAACGAAAAAACAAACUUACACCAAAUCUGUACAUAAACACACCGUGACACCUCCUUCAACCCGGACCUUUCAUUCGACUUCAUCGUAUUCCAAUAAUGGUCCAACAGCCAAAGCCCAACCAUUCACAAACAUCCUCGCCUCUGACGUUCCUCCUCCUGUCCAAGUCGCCUCUAUAUCACCAAGUGGAAUCGAAUUGACGGAUGGAUUGAUUAUCCCUGGAGCUUGUAUUUUUUUGGAAGGAAAGGUCUUCCUGUGGGAUCCUCCGAAAACAUUUUGGGAAGGAUGGAAGGAAGAGCAUUUCGAUGUCUUUGAGGUUGUCGUGCCGAAACCUGAGAUUCUAUUGCUUGGGACUGGAAAGACGAUAUUUCAGCCGCCGCCGUAUAUCAGGGAGCAUUUGAACAAGAUGGGUAUCCAGCUUGAUGUUAUGGAUACUAGGAACGCGUGCUCAACGUACAACUUGCUUUCAGAAGAAGGUAGAAGAGUAGCUGCUGCUCUGCUACCCCUUGCGCCUCUUGCGUGGCAGAAGAAGACUGAAGAGAUUCCAAAGUCGAGUGCUAUGUCGAAUUGA